AGAUAACUCUUCCUUACUGAGGAAGCUCUUGGAAUGGUUCAAAAGAAGAAUUAGGAUUUAGGGUUAGGGAAGCAUUCCUGGCGCCAUUCCCAAGGUACACUCAAUCCAUACAUUGACACCCUAAUACACCAACAGAAACAUUUUCCCAUGAACUAAAGGUAGAAAACAGGAAAAAUGAGAUUGUAACAGGGUGGUCUGCCCCUUUAAGUCCCAGGGUGGGGGGCUAGGAAACAACCAGCUCUGUUCCAAGGAAGAGCCCAGCAGGCAGGUGCUGGGAAUCAUCAGACCCAGGUGGGCAAUGUCAGGUGACUGGGUCUGAUAACUACCAUUAGAUGAUACAGAAGUGGGCCCCAGCUCCAUUAAGUAGAGCCUAGGACCAUUCUAAUGCCAUGAGAAUACUUGCUUAUGACUAAAAGCCCAAGUUGCAGACCAUGCAGUGGAGGACAGCAUGGGCCAGGAGACCCUGGAGAAGUCUCUGUGCUGAGGGAAGACUCUAACCACUAGACUACUAGUGGCCAGGGGACCCACAACCUAUACUGGGGAGUGGGGCAGUUACAUUAUGUUGUUGUUAACAUGUUCUUUUGAUGUUUCAACAAUAAACGGAGCCCUGAGGCAAGGGAGCUAAAGACUGGCUUGGGAGUGGCUAUUUAUUCCCCCAGGCUGGUUAGCGAUGUCUGCCCAUAGGUUAAUUUCCAACCAAACAUCUCAGCAAGCUUUAUCGAACUCUGAUUACACUUGGGAGUAUGAGUACUAUGAGUAUGGACCAGUUUCCUUUGAAGGACUGAAAGCUCAUAAAUAUUCCAUUGUGAUUGGAUUUUGGGUCGGUCUGGCAGUUUUUGUCAUUUUCAUGUUCUUUGUGCUGACCUUGCUGACGAAGACAGGAGCACCGCACCAAGACAAUACAGAACCUUCUGAAAAAAGAUUUCACGUGAGUAGCUUUGUGGCAGACUUUGGAAAACCUCUGGAGUCAGACAGGGUAUUUUCGCGUCAAGUAGCUGAAGAGUCCAGGUCACUCUUUCACUUUUACAUUAAUGAAGUGGAGCAUUUGGACAAAGCAAAACAAAGCCAUAAGGCCCCAGGUCUGGACAGUAAUAUUCACUUCCAGGAAGUAGCUAGGAGUAGUGGAAGGCUGGAGGAGGAGCUGAAUUGCCUUACAAAAUUUAACAUCCCCAACUUCGUGAACACUGACCAGAAUUCUUCACUGGGUGAAGAUGAUUUGCUGAUUUCAGAGCCACCAAUCAUUUUAGAAAGCAAACCAGUUAUCCAAGCCUCACGUCAGAUCCUUGACUGAAAAACCUUGGUUUCUAAAGCAGUGUCUUAUUGUUUCUGUAGUAUCAAGAACUCUUAUUCAGCUGCUAACAUCAGACCUUUUUGCCUAUUUCAGUAGAAGAUAUUUCAUAUCUUAUGCCUUGUGUUUUGUUGUGAAUAUUGAACUGACUGACCUCACUUUCGUGUAAAGUGAAAUACUUAAUAUUUUAUGUCAAGACUUAUUUUAUGUCACUUUCAAGUGUUUCCUAAGAUCAAAACCUUCUUCAGCAUUGCUGUUGUUGCUUGCUAUUUGUUUUAUUUAACUAGCCAUCAUGCCCAGCUGCCUAGUGGUAGCAGAACACACUAACAUGAGACAAGAGUUGCAAUGCACUUGACUUGGCUUUGUGGGAUUGCUGCAGCUGCAGAGGGAGGAGUAUCAUUGGAUUCUGAAAGGAAUGGCGUGGAACUGUUUGGCCAGGAGGACAGUAAACUCAAAUCAAGACUGAAUGGAGGAAUAAGAAGAGGAAACAUCUUUUCAGGCUCUGAAUCUCCUCCCCUCCCCCCCAUUCAAAAGGCAGAUUGUUUUGAAACAUAACCAACAUAAUAAAAAUUUGCCAUUAAUCUGCA